AUGAAGAUGAAUGGCUCGAAAAAGGCGUCGGGCGAAAAAGAAGACACCGGCAAACCGACCCGUCUAAUGGUUGCAUUGCGGAUACGACCCAUACUCAACGAGGAAAUCGCGAAAGGGGCCACAGUGAUUGCGAAUAAAACAGAUGAUCGCGCGGUUCUCCUAGUGGAUCCCACCAAUCGAGAUGGCGCCGUAUCAGUAGCUUCCAAGAAGGCAAGCCACAAACAGAGGGUUCAAACCCACAAGUACACAUUCGAUUGGGCUUUCGAUGAGCGGAGUUCCCAGGAUGAGGUCUACUCCAAAGCCGUACAACCCCUGGUCCAGAACGUGCUCGAGGGAUACAAUAGCUGUGUGUUCGCUUACGGAGCCACGGGAACCGGGAAGACCUACACCAUGGUUGGGAACGACGGAAACCCCGGCAUAAUGGUGCGGUCGUUCGACGACCUGUUCGGCAACCAGGAACGCCAAGACACUUGCAUCUACCUCUCGUAUCUAGAGAUAUACAACGAGAAUAUUCGAGACCUCCUGAGCAACUCGAACGAUAGUUUGGAGUUGCGAGAAGACCCGAACGAUGGCUACUACGCCGUAGGUCUCACAGAAGUCCAAUGCAUGAGUUCCAAAGAGGUGUUGAGACUCCUCCAACGCGGCAACAAGCGCCGAACUGUGGAAGCCACGGCGGCGAACGAGACCAGCAGUCGGUCCCACGCUCUCCUGAAGGUCGCUCUCAAGCAAACGAACGGCAAUACGAAUAAAUUCGGGAAAAUGUUCAUGGUCGAUCUGGCGGGAACAGAAAGGACGUCAAACACAAAAGCCACCGGGAAACGCCUCAAAGAGGGUGCCCAUAUAAACAAGUCGCUACUAGCCCUAGGGAACGUCAUCAACGCAUUGGCCAUGAAGUCCGCGAAACAUGUCAACUUCCGGGAUUCUAAGUUGACUCGGCUCCUCAAAGAAGCUCUGGGCGGAAACUGCCGAACCCUGAUGGUUGCCCACAUCAGCCCAAUAUCUUCGGCCUAUGAGGAAUCACGCAACACUUUGAUUUACGCCGAUAGAGCCAAAAAUAUCACCAUGAAAAUACGCUCAAACCUUGUCGACGUGAACACUCACGUCGGUCAGUACCAGGGAAUUAUCACCGAACUUCGUGCGGAAAUUCAAAAACUACAAGAUAAAAUCGACCAAAACGAAACGAACAACGUCAAGAUACUUCCGGCUCCAGUAUCGAAUGGUCACGCUUCAAACAAAAGGAUAGAGGAAGAGAAUCACAAGAACACGCAGGAAAUGAAUAAACUACGCAAGCAACUCGUCGAUUCGUUCAACAAGCAGAUGAUGGUGCGAUCGAAGAUGAUGGAAGUUGACAACUGUCUCCUUGCGCUGAGCACCGACUUGGAGAAGCUAAGCAUUGUCAUAAAUCAAUGGGAGACAGAGAAGUUGAAAACAGAGGAAGGAGGCGAGCCUGUCGAGGACGAGCCCGAUUACGUCAAGCAGGCUUGGGAGGAUGUCGAAUUUAUCCAGGGAGAGCAACAGAGAUUCCUGCAGCUCCGAGAGGAUAUCGAGAAAGAAUUCGAGGAGGCUAGAGACAGAACUUAUGAACUCACUGAAAAACUUCCGCACGUUGUUACGACAGAAGAUCAGAGGGAGCUUCUCCGCCUCCUGACCCAAUGUCAUAAACUAGAAGUUGAGAAAAUAGAAAUGCAAACAGAUCAGUUGAUCCGGGAGCAUGAGCUCCGACAAAGAGACUUGAUGAUUGUUCGAUAUGACCGUCAACGGCUUCUCUCGGACGAAAUAAUCAUCAAGCAGAAGCAGCUUAUCGAAGAUCUCUCACAAGGAAACAGAAGACGUCGAGCCAAAACCGUUCAAGCCGUGAAAGAGCUGAACGAUCUCUACCGAAUCUACGAGCAAGAGAUCCAGGACCUGUCGAAUGGACGGGACACGGUCCUCAAGCACCUGAACACGAAUCCCUACCGGCCUGAAAGCGUGUUAGGCUUGCGUCCUUUGGGAUCCAGUGAGAGCAUGUGGGAACUCAACCACAUGGAACCGUUGAACGAAGAAGGAGACGACGGCCAACCGCGAAACGACACGGCUCCACCAGGCUUUCCCAGACGAACGCCAUUGAGCACCGACUCGAUGGGCAAGAUAGCUCGACCUCAGCGAACGAGCUACUCUGAGCCUGUCUCCCCCGCAACGGUCAAUUUCCCUCCCGUCGAUCACAAUAAUUUCGUCGGCCGCAACGGCACUAACGGAGACGGCAACGACAUCGAAAAAGGGACUCGGCGGAUCAAUUCUGUGGCUCAGGAACGAAGAAACAGGGUUUCGGCCACCAGUCGCAUGUACAGCGGGGACCCCCGACCUGAUAAACGAGGGGAUCAAGACGGAUGCCAGAUCCAGUGA